GGAUGGAUCAAAGUUGAGGAGUAUUUACUUCAGUUCUUUGACGCAAUUAUGUCCAUUGACGUAUGUAUCCUAGCAGAUAGGAGUGGCUUACGUGUUAUUGGGAGUCUAAUAGCAGAUUUUGCUGUUAAGUGGGACGGCGCCGUUUUGGCACCAGUCUGCUCCAGCAAAAAGACACAAACAAACGACGUCGUUUGCUUGGCCUCUCUUAAGUUAAAACACAUGCCAAACGAAACCCCUGAAAAUUGCAGUUUGUUGCCUUCUCCAGAAAAACGAAAUCCCAACAGUCAUCUUACUCGUUGUGAUGUCGUUUGCUCCAACCGUUGGUUGCUGUCUUCUUCGCUGGAACAGAUUGAUCCAGCAAAGGAUCUCCACCCCAGAUUGUAUUUGUGCCCUUUUUUCCCGAAGCUGCGAUAUUGCACCACGAAACUGAUUAUAUGAAGCGUAGAUUGGGGGGUUUUUUGCUGUCUGGGAAGCUUCGCUGCUGUUUUGGGUUUUGUAUGAAAUGCAGAUUGGGGGUUUUGUAU